AUGAAAGGCAUGGCACGUUCUUUUGUGUAUUGGCCAGGAAUAGAUGCAGAUAUCGAGGGCCUAGCAAGAUCCUGCACGGAAUACGCACGGCAUGCACCAUCACCUCCGAGGUUUAGCAGCCAUCAUUGGGAGUACCCAAAGGGUCCAUGGGAGCGCAUCCAUGUUGAUUAUGCUGGCCCAGUAGCGGGAGCAAUGCUGCUGGUCAUUGUGGAUGCGUAUAGCAAAUGGGUCGAAGUUCAAAUAACCAACUCAACUACAGCUGCUGCAACUGUCAAUCUUCUCGACGGAUUAUUCGCUGCCUACGGAUCACCAGUAACAGUUGUGUCGGACAACGGUCCGCAGUUCACUGCCGAGGAAUUCAAGUCGUUUCUCCAGCAGCGCGGGUGA